UCAAGUCUUGAUAUUGAAGAGUUAGUUUUUAAACGAUGAAGAAGUAUCUGUUUAUGGUUUUGCUCCUGGCCACCCAGAUCAUUGCACAAAAGUUCCCGGCACUGAUUAUCUUUGGCGAUUCAGUCGUGGAUUAUGGCAAUAACAACAACUUCGCGAUUCCUUUCACGAUUGCAAGGGCAAACCAUUCACCGUAUGGAAGGCUCAUCAACAAUGGGGUUCCCACGGGCCGAUAUGCGGAUGGCUACACACUCCCAGACUUCAUAGCUUUGAGACAAGGUUAUCAGCCUCCCUUGGCAUAUCUCGAUCCAGCUUCGACAUGUACAAAUCUUCUUCGAGGCUCAAACUUGGCGUCCGGAGGUGCCGCAAUAAUCGACACAAACUCUUUGAUUCUCACACCGUACACCAUGACUGUUCAGCUUGGUUGGCUACAAACAUACAUCCAAACCCUCAAAAACUGUGUGGGAAACACCCAGGCCAACUCCAUCAUCUCCAACGCACUCUACAUCUUUAGCGUCGGAUCCAACGAUUUCUCCUACAAAAGCUUCAACCCGGCAGUCUCUGGCCUAAGCGACGCCCAGUACCGGCAGCUGCUCAUAGACACGUACAGGAGCGAACUCCAGACUGCCUACAACCUUGGUGCUCGAAACUUCUUUGUGUUCUCUCUUGGUCCACUCGGCUGCACUCCAAUCACCCUCACUCUCCAGUGCGGACCAUAUCCUUCAGCUUGCAGAAACAAUUGCAACGAGACCACAAAUCAGCUGGUUUACGCUUUCGAUCUAGCGCUCCAGGCAAUGCUCCAGAAUCUCCAGAGCACUCUGGCCGGCUCCACCUUCUACUACAGUCUUGCUGCUUAUAACGUUACCUAUGAUGCUGUGAAAAACCCAGGAAAAUAUGGUUUGAGCGUGGUUGACAGAGGUUGCUGCGGCUUAGGCUACACAGAGAUUGGCGAUGGAUGCAACGUGUACUCUUUUGGGACGUGCUCGAAUGCGUCACCUUAUAUUUUCUUUGACGCCAUUCAUCCGACGUCCAGCUUCACACAGAAGCUGGCACCAGGAACAUACACACUCCUAGGAAUCUGACUAGUGGACAUGUAGUUUUGUCUUGUACUUUAAAAAUAAGUAUACUAGAAUAUUCUAGCAUACAUUGAAGAAAUAAUUAAAUAUAGUUAAUUAAAUACAACUUCAUAAAA